GAGGGCGGGCCUUCUGCCGCCCGGCGGCGGCGGGGAGCCUGUCAGAGGACUCGGUGAAGGACCUUCUCCGGUUUCCUGGGGAGGCUGGCAGGCGGCGGGGGAGCCGAGCCCCCCGCGCCUCGCUGGCCGCGCCGGCUCCCUCCCCCCGCCUUCCUCCUCCUCCUUCUCCUCCUCCUGCUCCUCCCGCUCUGGUACGAAGGGCUUUCGCUGCUUUUCCCUUUUCUUUCCCCCCCGUCUCGGAGCGCGGUGCCGGGAGGCGCGGGCAGAGGCGCGGGGAUGGGGCGGCCGCCGGCCCCCUGCCCGCCCGCCCGCUCCCGCCGCCCGCCGCCGCGUCCCCUCCCCGGCCGGCGGGAGGCGGCGGUUCUCCCCCGCCGCCCACCUCGCCCCCUGCUCUGAAUUUCUGCCCGUCGGCCGCUCUGGGGAGAGGCGGGGAGGGGGUACGUCCCCUCGCACUUUUUUUUCCCCUCAGUUAUUUUUUUCCCUCCCUUUUUUGCCGUACACCCCCCCCCCCCCCCCCCGCCCCCCAUCACCCUCCCUUUCUCCAGCCCGUUUCUCCUCCGCGGGGGCUUUCGGCGGCCAUGCGGCCGGUGCCGGGCGAGCGGCUCUAACUCGCCCCCUCGCCCGGAUGGCCCCCCGGAGCCGCGGGCGGAUGGAGCCGAGCUACGUCGUGGGUAUCUGCUGCCUGGUGCUGCUGGAGCCGGGCCGGGUGUGGAGCGGCGAGGCCAGCACCGGGGCGCCCGGGGAGAGCGGGAACGGCAGCCAGGCACCGCCGGCGGAGAGCACGGCCCCCGCGCCCACCGGGGCGGCACCGGCGGGGGGGGACCGCUGCCGCGGUUACUACGACGUGAUGGGGCAGUGGGACCCGCCGUUCAACUGCAACGCCGGCAUCUACCAGUACUGCUGCGGGACCUGCGGGUACCGCUUCUGCUGCCAGUUCAAGCCCGGGCGGCUGGACCAGAGCGGCUGCUCCAACUACGACACCCCCAAUUGGGUCAACACGGGCCAGCCGCCCGCCCGGGUGGACGAGACCCCCCAGGACCCCACUCGCGACAAGACCAACAUGAUCGUCUACAUCAUCUGCGGCGUGGUGGCCAUCAUGGUGCUGGUGGGCAUCUUCACCAAGCUGGGCCUGGAGAAGGCACAGGGUCCCCAGACGGAGAUGACCGUCUCCAGGACGCUGACAGACCUGCUGAAGCAGCCGGGCCAUGGCCCCUCCGACCAUGUGGACGGCCUCAUGGGGGGCGUGCAGGUCCCGCUGGGUGAGGGGCUGGCCCGGGGCCCCCCCAGGAACAGCAUAGACAAGCCGCCCUUGAACAACGCAGUGGCCAUCACCCCUUCGCUGGGGCGGCCCCACAGCCACGGCAAGCGCUUGCCACUGGCCAGCGGCCUGGCCCUGCCGGCCCCUGCCUACAGCACCUACGCCACCCUCAAGGCUGGAGAGAGCGCCCCCGAGGACUUCUACAGGCGGUUCGGGGGGCCGGAGGUGUCCCCCGGCGGUGCCCUGCCCUUCCCGCCCGCCGAGGCCCCAGCACUGCCCGAGGGCUGCCCCCCGCCCAAGGCCAAGGGCCCCAAGCUGCCGGGGGGCCCGGCCUUCCCUGGGGGCUGGGAAGGGGGCCCCCCCCGCGGCCCCCGGCGGCCCGGCCUGCCCGCCCUGCGCCCUGAGGGGCCGCCCGAGGCCUUCGUCCCCGCCACCCCGCUGUACGGCCAGGCCCCCCGGCACCUCGCCACCAACAGCAAGACCGAGGUCACCGUCUGACAUCUGGCGGCAUCGGGAACCGGGGCUGUCCCCUCAUCCGAGGACGGCUGACAGCCUACCCCGGGGCGGGGGUGUCCCACCAGAGCAAAGCAUCGUAGGUCCUACAUAAAGCACGACGGCUGGCCAUGGCAGGAGACACACCGUCCUUCCUCUGCCGGGGUUGGGGGCUGCCGGCUGCGCUUCACCAUCGAGGAGGCACCGUGGGCCAGGCCAUCCCUCUCAUCCAGGCAACGAGUUUCAGCCGUUCUCAGCCCGCCCACAAGAGGCUGAGCUGGGGGGGCACAUUGGCAGAGCAGUGUGCUGCUCAGGGGAUGGGGUGCGAUGCUGGACAGACCACGGCCUUGAGGGAUGGAGGGACACGUCUUGCUGGGGCCAGGCACCCCCACCUAGCCCCUGCAACCAGGUAGGGGAAGAGCAAUGGACUCAAAGCACCGUCCCAGCACUGCUGGCAGAGCCCAAGCAGCCUCUUUCCCUCCCCAGCCUCCCCUUCCCCACUACCCCAGCCUCCACCUUGUCAAUAAAUACUACGUUAAACUGUG